AUGGUCGAUCAUUGGAGAGACGUGGCUAGCUUUGGAAUAGUCAUUGAAGACAAAUCUAGCAGCUCUGCGUUGAACCAUCUCGAUCUUGUUGAUGUUCCUCUUGGUGUAAGGGUUCCAGACUGUAGAAGCAUAAAGGGCCGGUAAAGCAUAAGGGGCCGGUUGUAUAAAAACGUAGUUAGCGCUAACUGUAGUUAGCGUUAAUCACUGUAGUUAAAUCCUUAAGGUACGUUUACAUGCUGCGAUUUGUCGGGCCGAUUUUGCUCGCUGUAUGUAAACAACCUGUCGUGAGUACUCGCGUCAGCACAUUGCGAUUCACAAAAUCGGGAGAAAAAUCUGUAACAAAACCACAGAUUUUCUCACGAUUCAACGAUUUUUCUUCCGUUGUAAAGUUGUUGAAAACUUUUCGCACGCAGAAAACUAUAAUAUGAACAGACGAGAGAGCGGACAGCUUCAAUUGAACGUUUAAAUCGCUAAAUGUCGAAGAAGGGACAUCGAUUUUUUUUCAAAAUCGGCCCGACAAAUCGCAGCGUGUAAACGUAGCUUUAACUGUAAUUAGUUAACUACAUGACUUAACUAAUCAGUAAUCACGUAGUUAACUGUGCGUGGGACUUGCGUGGGGCGUUUAAACACAAAAUUACAUAAAGUAAGCAGCGAGUAACGACCGCUGACAGACAUUUUCAACAUGAUUGUGGACUCGUAUUUUGCAAAUGGGCGGUAAUUUUAUUCAAAACACUAGAAAACAGUAAAAAAUAAACAAGAAAACAAGGAAAAACCGCCACAAAAAUCAUAAAACAAUGCAGUUUUUCCUUGAGAUGUCUACGUUAAACCAAGGUAUAGCUGUUUGGCAAUUAUAUAUCAGUGUUUCUUGGUGUAAUGGACCAUACUUCGUCUUGGAGAAAUCGUCCUGUGCAAAAAUAUGUUCUGUUUUCGUAAAAACACCAAAGUGAUAGCGUUUGAAGAGUUUAUAUUGUCAGGAAACAUUCACAGGGAAGAUAGCCAUUGAAAAUCUCAGGUAAGCGUUGCUUUUCAUUAUUGUUUAACUGAAAAAUGUUGUUCACUCCUAUACAAACGCCAUUUUUAACUACGUUUUGGACAGUUAACUAUACCCUAAAGCAUAGUUAACUUUAACUACUUUUUAACUGCAGUUAAUUUAAGGCUAACUACACUUUUAUACAACCGGCUUAACUACGUGAUUAUAGUUAACUAUUUUUUAAGGUUUUUUAACUACUUUUUAACUGCAGUUAGCGCUAACUACGUUUUUAUACAACCGGCUUAACUACUUGAUUAUAGUUAACUAUUUUUUAAGGCUUUUUAACUACUUUUUAACUGCAGUUAGCGCUAACUACGUUUUUAUACAACCGGCUUAACUACGUGAUUUAGUUAACUAUUUUUUAAGGAUUUUUAACUACUUUUUAACUGCAGUUAAGGCUAACUACGUUUUUAUACAACCGGCUUUAAAACUACUUGAUUAUAGUUAACUAUUUUUUAAGGCUUUUUAACUACUUUUUAACUGCAGUUAGCGCUAACUACGUUUUUAUACAACCGGCUUAACUACUUGAUUAUAGUUAACUAUUUUUUAAGGUUUUUUAACUACUUUUUAACUGCAGUUAAGGCUAACUAUAUACGUUUUUAUACAACCGGCUUAACUACUUGAUUAUAGUUAACUAUUUUUUAAGGUUUUUUAACUACUUUUUAACUGCAGUUAGCGCUAACUACGUUUUUAUACAACCGGCCCCAGGUGGGUUCAAGAUUGAACGCACCUCCUCAUAGCCAAUAGGAAAGCCGCUAAUACGCUAGGUAUGAGAUAAGCAAGUUAACCCUGCACCUAGCGAGGAGGGUUAAACUUAACCCUAGGUUAAGAUUCUUAUUCGUCCCGUACGUGCCUUUGAAAUGAUUUUAUACCUAUACAUGCAAGUUGGCUUUGAAUUUAUAUACGAGCAUUAAAGUGAAAGAUACGGCAACUUUCUGUCCAUUUUGGGGUGCUAUGGUCUAAGCAUGGACAUCAUAAUUUAUUGUGUUACUGUGGAAAAGUACCUCAGGCUUAAUUUACAAAACGCCAAAAGAAACAGCUACGUCCUCGGCUACGUCUGCCGUCUGCCGGUUUUCAAAAUAUAGUUUGGUACACAAAUGCCGUAAUCAAGAUUGUGUACACUGUACAGUAAAAGGAUUCACCUCACAAGAUCUUUGUCGAUUGCCGCCACCAAAACUGUAGACUGUAUUUUUAUUAAAGCCGAGCAUUCAACACAAGUUUCUUCGAAAAAUAACUCUAUAGAAAAAACACUUGUAUUGCCAAACAUUUCGCCAUACCACCACCUGUUUCACAAAGUUUCCAUUUGCCAUUUGUUGAACAGUCACAAGUUCUUGCACAUCUUUUGCAGCGCAGUGUAUUACCUACUAGUAAAAACACUGUUUUUGAAAGCUGUAAAACAACUUCGCUGCUUCUUUUUCUGUUUUCGUGUUCUGUUUUACUUUUAUAGGAUAAACACGCAUGCGUUGAAAAAUGCUUUUCAACUCCAAAAGUUCAUUUGAUUGGCUGGGAUUUUGUUCUCAAAUUUAUUCAAGCACUGCCUAAAAUUCCAGAAUUGAUUUAUUUAAAUAUCUUUGCCACUUUAAUCACGUAUAUUUUUUCCUUGAAACUUUCAAAAUGCUUAAUCCAUGUCUGAAAUGUUCAAUCUCAGUUGCCUACUACUUGUUAAACAAUAUUUCUCCCAUCUAUCCCAUUUUAUCCCUAGUUUUGACACUUACUCUCCAGCCAAUCAAAAACGAUCUUAUAAUAAUUUUAUUACAUUUAUUUUUAAAACAAAUUUAACCUUGGGUUAAAUGUCUUAACCUUGGGUUAACUAACCGCACCUCUAACCCAGCUUUGAACUGCGCAGUUUUAACUCAGGGUUAUUAACUAACCCUGGGUUAAGGAUUUUAACCAUAGAAAUAAUAGACAGGUCUAAUAUUUCUAUGAUUUUAACCCAGGGUUUGCGCUAAGCCUGGGUUAAAGUUAACCAGCUUUUGAACAACCGGCCCCGGAUAGUUAAACGCGGUAGUGAAACGGGCUUCGUACAACGCAAUUUUAUCGGCUGUUUAAGUAUCCGCCGGAUAACGGCUACGCACCGUUUAUAAGUUAAACGCCUUUGAUACAACCGGCCCCAGAUCACCCGAACAAAGGUCAUGUUCACCCAAUCUUUGUUGGGUUCUGAACUUAAAAUGAUAUGGCCAUAUCUUGUAAAUAUAUUGCUGAAGAUGAAUCAAAAUAGAUUCGAGAUAUGCAGUUUUUAAAAUAGAUGUGUUGUUAAAAAGCAUACUUUUUUCGAAAUAACAUUAGUUUUAUAUAAGCGUAGGGUCAGGAAGAUUUUGGAAACAAAGAGAGAAUCUAGGAAUUAAUACCUGAUCCUUAUCCUACACGAUAUUCUGCAGCAUUUCUUGACUGGACUAAGGAAGGACUGCAAGGACUGGAUAGAAGGACAAAAAAACUACUAAGAACGAACAAAGGAUUACGUGCAUUCAAAGUUAAACGUUCACAGAUUGUAUAUAUUUAGGAACGAAGAAUUAUGGAAAUAUGUUGAUAACAUUGAGGAAAGACUACUCAACGCUGCAAGACAAACUCUUGAAAAUGUUGGAGGGACCGAAUCAGAGAACGAAUAUAAUAUCGGAAUCCGGAGAAAGAAUGAACGAAAGCAGACUUGGAAAGAGAAGAUUCUACAUGGGCAAUUCAUGAGACAGACGGAACAGGAAGGGUAG